UCUCUCUCUUCUCCUCGCCGGCGAGCGCGUCUCGAGAUGCCCGCGGCGGCGGCGGCGGCGGCGCGCGGCCCGCUCCUCCAUCUCCGGCGGAACCCGGCGCCACGCCUUGCCGCCGCCCGCCGCUCCUUCUCCUCUUCCGGGAUGCGGUGCGUCAGCGCGGCCGCGGGCGCGGGCGGCGGCGGGAGGGAGCGGCGGUCGUCGCCGGCGUUCGGCGGGCUGCUGCUCGACGCCGGGGGCACGCUGCUGCAGCUGGCGCGGCCAGUCGCCCAGACGUACGCGUCCCUCGGCCGGCGAUACGGUAUGAGCAAGAGUGAGGAGAGCAUCAAGGAGGGAUUCAAGCGGGCCUUCUCCGCGCCAUGGCCAAAGACGCUCAGAUACCAGGGAGAUGGACGGCCGUUCUGGAGGAUUGUGGUGGCAGAGGCAACCGAAUGCACCAAUAAUGAUUAUUUCGAAGAAGUAUAUGAGUAUUACGCUCAUGGAGAUGCAUGGCGUCUGCCUGCUGGGGCUUACGAAACACUGCGUGAUCUAAAGGAUGCUGGAGUUAAGCUAGCUGUUGUAUCUAACUUCGACACACGGUUACGAAAAUUACUUAAGGACCUUCAUGUCUCGGAUAUGUUUGAUGCCAUUGUUGUAUCAUCGGAGGUUGGACAUGAAAAACCUGCUCCAGAGAUCUUCAAGAGAGCAUUAGAUCAAAUUGGCGUAGAGGCCAGCAAGGCAGUACAUGUUGGAGAUGAUGAAACUGCAGACAAGGCAGGUGCUAAUGCCAUAGGGCUUGAGUGCUGGCUGUGGGGACAGGAUGUGAGGACAUUUUCUGAGAUACAAGACCGGAUUCUAACAAGAUUUCCACAAUGACAUCAUAGAAACCUCACCGCAGAUUCAGGAGCCGAGGAUCAAUGUCUUCUGGGACUACAGGCUUGGUGACGAUGUUAUUGACCGUGUACCUCCCACGCCUUGCAGCCACCUCCUCAAGUUUCUCGUUGAUGUCUUGGAUGGCUCCAGCGAUCUCUCGGCGAGCCUUGGUCUUCUUGAACAGUAUGCUGAUCUUCUUCCUGAGGCGGCGGAGGAUGUGGGGGUCGGCAGGAUCCUCGCGGCCAUCAAUAUGCACCAUGAAAGCGUCGAUGAUGUCCUCCAUGUCAUAGGACGCCUCCCUGAGAUCCCACGCCCAGAGCUUGACCAGCUGGUCAAGCUGCUCUGGUGGCACCUGGCCAACCAUGCGGAGGACGACAUGGACGCUCUCAAGCUCCCACGAGAGAGACUCGAUCUUCUUCUGCAAGCCUGCUUGCAGGCCAUACUCAUUGAGGAGCUGACCCAGCUUGGGGAGAAGGCUCCCCAUUGCCCCUGUCACUAGCUCCAUGCUUGCACACUCUUUGGCUCUUGCAAUUAAGCAACAGAUAUGGUUGAGUUUCUCACCCAGAUUUCUGUUGCAUUGGUACCUUUGGAGUACCAAGAUACAUAUAUAUAGUGUUGUGGAUUAACAGGUCAGUACUGUUUGUUGGAUCCAUUUGAUGCAGCUUGCCAAUCUGCACUGCAUGCAUAGUUGUCACUCCUUUUUUUUUUUACUCUUAACUGUCUCUGGCAACUGAUGCAUGUUACGGGACCCGGGUACACAUAUAACAUGACCACUAAUUCUCGCCUAACUAUAUGUUUAUGAAACUAGAAUAUAAUUAAUAAUGUGUGUAUACACAAUAAACCAAUUUAUAUGAAUCGUAACAUCACAUUCCUAUUUAA